CCACACACACACCUCCUCUGUCAACUCAAAGGGUGGAGUGGGUCUUUUUUUGAAGACGCACACAACCACAGUCCCUGAAGGAAGAGAUUGAUGAAAGGAUUCUAAGUCAACAAUGCAUUUUGAAUCAAGUUAAUUAUUAGGGUAAAUGUUAUACCUAGGCUACAAAGUUGGCACUGUAAUGUAAAGUGUUACUUUUUAUACUCCUAUCUGGUAAGUUUCCAAUAAUUUGCAGCACAUGUUGCGAACACACAAUGAUGUAAGUUGUCUGAAGGAGGUGGGCAUGUAGAAACCCGGGUGUUUUGUGGAUGUCUCUUCAGUCAUGCAGGUUUCGCGGAUCCGCGCGGCGCGUAAAAGCGAGUGGCUCAAAUGCGCGCUAAAGCACCACUUCAGCCCAGAUCCCUGCGUGGAAAACGAGAUCGUGGUUUUGGCCACCGGUGUGGACCAGUAUCUCCAGGAGGUGUUUCAUCAUCUCGCCUUUUACAACGGUGAUGUCCUCGUCUCGAGUGAGGACUUUAGGAGUCUGUGUUUGAUUUUGGGUAUCCCCGCGAGCGCAGAGAGCGAGGACGGCACCUCAGAGCACCGGGAUAUUUGCGAUGGACUUCCUCUUGUGCUGAACUUUAAAGAUUUCCACGCACGGCUUUGUGGGGUUUUCUCGCUAAAAGCGCAGGAAGGACAGACGGGAGUUCGACUUCCGGUCAGCGAGGAGACCGAGCACAUCGAGCGGGAGAUCAGGCUCCGGUGUCCCCGCGUCCGGAGGAGAAAGUGCGUCAGCUUUGAUCUGUCUGCCGACCAACAGAACCGGAGGAGGUCAGUGAGGAGAUCCGGACCCUCUCAGAAUCCGGAUCAUUUGCAGAGCUCUGCUGUGGAACCCAAGAGAAACUCAGUGGAUAUUAACCUUCAGAGGAGAUGGCAGGACCAGCUGGAGCUGGAGAACGCCAGUCUGAGGGAGCUUGUGGAGGACUUGCGUUCAGCUCUCCAGAGCAGCGACGCGCGGUGUUUGGCACUAGAGGUGGCUUUACGCCGAAAAGACGUGCCGUUCCAACAUACUGCUGGAGGAACCCCUGAAAAACAGGACUGCAAAACAAAAACACGACAAUCCAAACACAUGGAAUGGGACUCCAGAAGAAGCACUAAAGACCUCCUACGAGAGCUGGAACUGAUCCGUGCUUCUCGUGAUGGACAGCUGGAGGAAGCCAUGAGGUUUAACCAGAGGUUAGAGGAAGAGGUGAUGGCGGCUUACGGCGAAAUUAGUAGGAUGCAGGAGAUGCUGGACAGCGUCCGGACUGAAAACACGCGGAUUAAGAAGAGGACAGAAGAGGUCAGAGAGUCACUGGCUGCAGGGCUGCAAGGUGUGAGGACCUUACAAGACCAGGCUCGACAAGCUGACCUGCUCCGAGAACAAGUCCAGAGUCUGGAGAGCCAGCUGGAGAACUUCAGGACCCAGUGCACCUGCACAGAGCUGAAUAUGAACAAAACUGAAAUACUUGCUGAACCAUGUGGGUCUGGAUUUCCCUCCCCCACCAGUCAUGACGAUGCCAGAAGAGAAGAAGACCUGCAGAGGUCAGUAGAGGGUCGGGCAGCAUCAGAUGAGGAAGAGGAGGAGAGGAGCAUAGAUGAAGGACAGUGCUGCCAUCUGGAGGUGAAGCGGCUGAUCAACAGAUUACACAGCUGUGCCAAAGGGUGUCAGAAAGCUGCUAUCUGUAACUGGCUUGUCUCUCAGAGCUCCGCUCACAGCAAAGACACUAAAGCAUGCGUGUGGAUUCCUCAAGCGGAUGAGAGGGGAAAUCAAGCGGGAAAGAUGAAGCAGAAAGAGGUGGAGAGUUUGAGAGUUUAUCAUUCACUGCAGGAGGAGAGACUGACUGAUGCGCUCACGUUACUGCUGCAGAUACCACACAAAAGAGUCUCUCGCAGGAUGUUGGGGAAAAUACUGAUCAACACACUAGAUCUGUGUACUAGAAAAAGUCACAACUGGACUCCGGUGGCUCUGGUGGUGGACACACUGUGCCGGCAGCUCCUCUCCAGUGACCUCCUGGAUGGAGGAGAGGAGGUCAGCACUGGGUCACGACUUUCUGGGACCUCAGGUCACCGAAACACAUCCAACCCCCUUCUGAUGUCCUGCUGAGAUUUUGCAAUGUCCCACUUAAGACACUUUACAUGAGGGUACAAAUUGGUGUUCUGUUAUUUGGCACUAUUACCAGAGUUAUCAUAAUAAGAAUUAAACAAAUAUUUUUCAUUAAUUUAUAAGAAAUAAAUGAGUACCAAUAAAACAUUUGGUGCCUAACCAGCACCUUCUUAAAGGGAU